AUGGAUGAACCAAUUGCCAUUGUCGGGGUAGCAUGUCGCCUUGCCGGCGAGGUUUCGUCUCUGGACUCUCUAUGGGACAUGAUCAGUAAGGUCAAGACCGGCCAUGGGCCAGUUCCUGGUGAUAGAUGGAAUAGCAGCCGUUGGUACCAUCCUGACCCUGACCGUAAGGGUGGAAUCAGUCCACGACAUGGAUACUUCCUACAGCAAGACAUCAGCCAGUUUGACGCCCCUUUUUUCUCGGUAACGGCCAGAGAGGCUGCCGCCAUGGACCCAAUGAAGAGACUGUUGCUCGAAGUAACUUAUGAAAGUAUCGAGAAUGGAUUUGAGAUUCUGAUUGAUGCUGACGGUGACGCAGCUGGAAUCCUGGUUGAGGAUUUGAUGAACAGCCGCACGGGUUGCUACGUUGGCUGCAUGACAAACGACUAUGAGAUGCUCUCCUUGCAUGAUAUCUACGACAUUGGACAUCCGGCAGCAACAGGUCUAAGCGAAGCCAUGAUUGCUAAUCGUGUCUCCUGGUUCUUUGGUCUCAAGGGUCCCAGUUUGACGCUUGACACCGCUUGCAGCUCGUCAUUGUAUACCCUUCACCUUGCCUGUCAGUCGCUUAGGUUGAAGGAAACCAACAUGUCGCUUGUGGCUGGGGUUAACCUGAUAAUUAACCCCAAUACAAUGCACCAGUUCAAUGCAUUGCACAUGCUCAGCCCUGAUGGCAUCUCACACACGUUUGAUGACCGCGCCAAUGGCUAUGGCCGUGGAGACGGUAUUGGUGUUCUGGUCGUCAAGCGCCUGUCAGAUGCUAUUCGAGACGGCGACACCAUCCGCGCUGUCAUUCGUGGUACUGGAGCUAACGCCAACGGCAAAACCCCUAGUAUCACACAGCCAAGUUCCGAGGCACAGGCCGAACUGAUCAAUCAAACUUAUCAGGAUGCAGGCUUGGAUCAGUCGGAGACGGACUAUUUCGAAUGCCACGGGACGGGGACGCCGGUUGGCGAUCCUCUUGAACUAGCUGCUAUUGCCUCGACCAUCGGUGCAGCAAGGCGUACGGCUGGAAAAACACCUCUCUAUAUCGGCGGUAUCAAGCCUUCAGUCGGUCAUACUGAGGGAUGUGCUGGCCUGGCCGGAGUCUUCAAAGCAAUCCUGCUGCUUGAAAAGGGGAUGCUUGUCCCCACGUACGGCGUCGAACGCGUGAAUCCCAAACUGAAGCUGAGCGAGUGGCAUCUUGCUCUUCCGCACAAUAUCCUCAGAUGGCCUUCACCAGGGCCGCGGCGUGUCAGUGUCAACUCAUUCGGGUUCGGCGGUGCAAACGCUCACGCUAUUCUGGAUGACGCUUAUCACUACCUCCAAGAAAGGGGUCUGGCUGGUAGGCACAACACCGUCGUACACGAUGAUUACUCGGCUUCAGAUGCGGGCCUUCUUCGGGAUGCACCAGUCGAAGAUGACACAGCCAAACAGCUGUUUCUCUUCAGCAGCAAAGACCAGACUGGGGCCAAUCGUGUGUCUGGGAGCUUAAACGCAUGGCUGCAAAGCGAUUUAAGAGACAAGCCUUGCCCGCGCCUGCUGGAGAAUCUUGCAUACACACUCGCACUGCGCCGCACACAUCUGGAACACAGAACUUUUGCGAUUGCAAGCUCCCUAUCAGAGCUCGCUGAACGACUAUCGCAAGGGUUGCCUACAGCCACUCGAUCACAGCGCCAUGGAGAUAAUCUAGUCAUGGUAUUCACUGGCCAAGGUGCGCAGUGGCCUGCUAUGGGACUGGAGCUGUUCGAGAAUCCCAUAUUUCGCCAAAGCAUCCAUGAUUCACAAUCUCGCCUCGAGGCUUUGGGCUGCCGGUGGAAUGCAAUCGAAGAGCUGACCAAGGCGCCCAACCCGAACAUCGACCGUCCAGAGUACAGCCAGCCCCUCUGCACAGUGGUCCAGGUCGCCCUGGUCGACCUCCUUCGCUUCUGGAAGAUCUCACCCACUGCCACAAUCGGACACUCUAGUGGUGAGAUUGCUGCCGCAUACGCUGCAUCGCUUCUAAGCCAUCACGAUGCAAUAAAGCUGGCCUACGUCCGAGGCCAAAGCUCUGCCGUUGUCUCCAAGCAAGGUGCAAUGAUGGCUGCUGGGAUUUCUCCACAUGAUGCCCAGGUAUACCUAGAGAAAGUAUCUCUCGGAUCUGCGGUCGUGGCCUGUGUGAACAGCCCAUCCAGUGUGACGUUCUCCGGCGACGUCGAUGCUAUCAACCAGCUAGAGUCCCUGAUCUCUAGUGACGGUAAAUUUGCCCGCAAACUGAAGGUCACUACCGCCUACCACUCUCCUCACAUGCGCGAGGUUUCGUCGCAAUAUCUUGAGAUGAUUGGUGAAAUAUCACCGAGACAGAGAGAUGAGACGAACAGCAGCAGCAGGAAUAGCCCUGUAAUGUACUCAUCCCUUACUGGGUCCAUGGUUUCCUCCGUUAAAGAGCUGAACGCCCAGUACUGGGUUAACAAUAUGCAGAAUCCUGUCCAAUUCUCACAGGGUCUCCUGGCAUUACUGAAACAUAAGAAUGUGGCGCCAGGGGGUACUACUCGCCCGGUAGCGGUACACUGGGGAGGCUUUCUCGAGGUUGGUCCUCAUGCGACUCUUCAAGGGCCGUUACGACAGGUCAUCGAUGCAAGUAAUAACAAAUUCGCCAAGUCAGCACCUUAUGUCUCGAUGCUUGUUCGUGGUAAAAACGCAAUGGAAACAUCCUUGAAUGCUGCAGGAGUACUUUGGGCUGCUGGUUGCAAGGUUGAUAUGCGUGCAGUCAACCAACACCCAAACACGGCCAACAUGCUUUGCAACUUGCCCUCUUACCCCUGGAAUCAUACAAGACGCUUCUGGCACGAAUCUUAUUCAUCACGCUCUUAUCGCUUCCCUUCCCAUGAGCGCAGUGACUUUCUGGGCAUGCCAGAAGAUUCCCAGAACAGCCACGAGCCACGAUGGAGAAACUACCUGCGCAUAUCCGAAAACCCCUGGAUUGAAGACCAUACAAUCACGGGAACGGUACUGUACCCAGGGGCAGGGAUGCUUGUGAUGGCAUUGGAAGGCGUACUGCGCACUGCCGACUCCUCCAAGGCAGUCAAGGGUUUCCAGAUGAGCGAUGUCAUGUUCGAGCGUGGGUUGAUGAUAUCCCUAGAUGACGGCUCGCCUGUCGAGACCCGUAUAAGUUUUCAUCCACACAGUAUCAAACCCGACUCGUGGACCUUCACGGUCUUCUCAAUGACCAAGGGCUCGUCGUGGGCGAAACACUGUUCUGGAUCCGUUGCUCUCAUAUAUGAGAAGGCGAGCGAGGUUGAAGACGGCCGUUUGGAUGAUGCUCUAUGGCAAGGACAACUGGAUAUACAUAAGUCUCUGCUCUCUGAAGCGGAUUCUGUGGCCAUCAAUGUUGAUGAAUUCUAUAAAAACCUGGACACUAUCGGCAUGCGGUACGGUCCAACAUUCCGUAAUGCGGUAUCUCUCACGGCAGUGCCAUCUAUGAAAGCUUCCUACGGAUCCGUAGCAGUUCCAGAUACCAAGUCGACAAUGCCUAAACAUCAUGAAUCCUCACAUGUCAUUCACCCGGCAACCAUGGACUCAAUCUUCCACAUCAUGCUUGCUUCCCUUAAUACCGGCCAGCCAUUGAAACAAGCGGCAGUGCCUUAUAGCAUCGAAGAGAUUUACAUAGCCCGUGAUCAACCAAAGGAGUCUGGAACGCUCUAUUCCGGCCAUAGUCGUUUGCUGUCGCGGGGCGGCCAUGAGAUCACGGCUGAACUGUUCGUUUCUGAUCAGGAGUGGGCAAAACCAAAGCUUACUGUCAAGAAUUUUGUCCUUCGUCAAGUUACGUCUGAAGACGGCCCUGAAACAGCUGAUACUACAUCGUCUGGGGACAUCAAAAACUGCGCGAGGAUCACCUGGAUUCCUGAUCUUGCAUUCUUGACUAGCAACAAGGAUCUUACGAAGCUAGUAUCGUCCAAAGAGACGGACACUUUGAUGGACGCCUUGCUAGACCCCGUGUUCCUCAAGACGUCGAAUAACACCGUCCUUGUUGCAAUGUUUGAUGAGUCGGAAUCUAGCCUUGACAUCCUCCUUCGCCUCAAGAGCCGAACAUAUGGGCCUAAAAAGAUCAUUGCCCUGGCUUCAUCAGAGCCUGGAGGGCGGUUGAUGCGAGCCACACUCGGCGAAAGUACCGAAAACAUGACCAUCACCUACCGAUGGCUACCGGAAAAGGAACUCCUUCAGACGCUGGCGCCAGAAGCUAAUGAUCUCAUUAUCGGAUUGGGAGUUCCUGACAUUGCGAAGAACGCUGCCACGCUUGCAAAGCUGGCACCGCUGGCCUGCCUUACCUAUACUCGCCAACCAGACGAAGUUGACAUUGUUGUGCAAGGUAGCAAGCGUGUUGGCCACUUUUUAGGAGAUUCAACUUCCGUUCUGUUCGCAUCAAGCACAAAUUCACCCUCUGCUGAGCUUCCCGACUCUGUUGUGCUUCUCUUGCCCGCAUCGCCAUCCGACCCCCUUUUUACGUUUGCCGCAACAAUCCAGACCAAGCUUGAAAGCUCAGGGGUGUCAGUGGCAAGAACAAAUCUGACCCCUAGACGUGUGGCUUCACUUAACGGACAGACUGUCAUUUCUCUCCUCGAAUUUGACAAUCCACUAGUAUAUAAUUGGGAUGAAGACCAGUUCAACGCAUUCAAGAAGCUCGUCUCCACGGUUGGGCAUCUUUUCUGGAUUACCCACGGGAGUGUGCUUGAUAGUUGGUUAAACGGUGUUGAAUUCGCAGCAAGCCAGGGCUUGUUCCGAGUCAUGCGCAACGAAUAUCCAAUUGCAAACUUGCCAUCUCUAGACCUGUCUGCAGCUGCUGAUGUUUCCAGUAUCCAAUACAUAGACCUAGUUCUCAAAGUUUGGAGAGCGUCUCUGGCCGAUGAUGCAGAAACGGAGUAUGCUGAAGCCAACGGCAUGGUUUAUAUUCCCCGAGCCGUAGAGGAUGCUGGCUUCGAUUAUGAACUGCAAUUAGCAAACAAUACGGCAAAACCGAUCUGGUCUACCCUUGGGGCUCCGGGGAAGCCCCUGAAAGCGAGCAAGUCUGCGAACGUCCAAGGUUACAUCUGGACCCCAGACAAGAAUACUGAAUUACCACUCCAAGCAGGUGAAAUUGAAGUAAAAGUUGAGUAUGCUGGGCUUGGAAUAGGCAAUACAAUGCAUUCUGUUCGCCAUGCUGUCGGCGUUGUUACUCGCCGAGCCGACUCAGCCAAAGCAUUUAAGCUUGGCCAACGAGUCAUUAUUUUCUCCCACGAUGCUGCUAGGACUCAUGUCCGUCAAUCCGAGGCCCUGGUUGCACCACUUCCCGAAGGCCUUGGGUCGCAGGAAGCUGUUGUGCUUGUAGAGCCGUUAAUAACUGCGCAAUAUACGCUUGUCGAAAUGGCCCAUCUAAAAUGUGGCCAGGCAUUACUGCUCGACAAUGCAGCAAGUGCAAUCGGACAGGCCCUGAUACUAGUUGCCAAAGCUGUCGGUGCCGACGUCUUUGCCCUAGUCCAUAGCAUAGAAGGGCGAGAUAUAAUCUCUGACAAAUUUGAGAUCCCUACUGACCACAUAUUUGAUUCAAAUUUGGAUAAUUUUGUACCACUCAUACGAAGUGCUACCAACAAUCACGGCGUCGACGUUGCUGUCAGCCAGCAAUCGGGCGCACAUGUCACCGGAGCCAUGUCGGUUCUAAGCGAAUUUGGCCAAUUUAUCGAUAUCAAUAGUACAAGCACCAAAGAUCUACUUCUGGCCUCAAAAGCCAAUAUGACUCUCACUCGCAUCAACAUGGCUGCGGUAAUGAAAGACAGACCAAGUAUUAUCAGCAAGCUAUUCCAGCAAGCCUUCAAUAAAUACACCCUCCAGGGUCCUUCUCCGCUGACGGUGCUGCCUGUUACUAAUCUUUCCGCUUCGGUAAACAGCAUCCAGGCCGAACAUGUUGCCGUGUCGUUAAAUAAUGCAAGCCCCGUGCUCAUGGCCGCAGCCCCAUCCCAGGAACUGAAGCUUGACAGUGAAGCAAUAUAUGUGCUGGCUGGUGGCCUAGGCGCACUUGGCUUAGACAUUGCCAGCUGGAUGGUCGAUUAUGGUGCCAGGAACCUGGUAUUCCUAUCUCGAUCAGGAGGGUCAAAGAAUCAAGGUGAUCUACAGAAGCUCACUGAGCGUUCUGUACAUGCUGAAGCGCUCAAGUGCAACGUCAACGAUGCUGCCAGCGUUGCCAUAGUAUUCGACAACCUCAAAGCCAGUGGUAGGAGGAUUGCCGGAGUGAUCCAAUUAGCCAUGGUACUCGAAGACGGAAUUUUCGAGAAUAUGUCCUUUGCGCAGUGGCGUCGUGCGAUUGAACCCAAGACUAAAGGCUCACGAAACCUCCUGGCGAACAUCUGGCCUGGUGACAAACCCUUCUUCAUUCUGUUGUCGUCCAUCACCGGUAUUAUCGGCAACACGGCGCAAGCAAACUACGCUUCUGGAAACACUUUUGAGGAUGCGUUAGCACAACAUGCCCGCUCCCACCUCGGCAUCCACGCUACUAGCAUUGACGUCGGCUUGGUCUCUGAUUCCUCGCAUUUUACGACUGCCGGUGAGUUUGGUGACCUCGCCGGUUAUCUUAGCAGAUACCAGCAUGGCUGGCGCGGCCUACAGACGAACCUCAAAGAGCUCGGCGUAGUCAUACGAGCUAUCAUGCGAUCCUCUACCACGAUGGAGCGGAGUGCACCCGCCCAGGUAGUGCUGGGUCUUGGUGACCACAUUGAGUGCAACGAAAGCACCGGAGGCUUCUCGAGGGACAAGAAAUUCGAGCUCCGCAUCGUCAAGGCCGGAAACCGGGCCAGUGACGACAAUGUGACGCAAGAUGUCGGCAUUCGCUUAUCCAAUGCGACUAGUAUGGCAGAGGCUACAGCGGUUGUAGAAGAGAAUAUCAAGGACCUGGUCGCUGCGGCCAUGGGUGUCUCUGUGGAAGAGAUAGAUCCUCAAAAGCCUCUAUAUGACUAUGGUGUUGAUUCGCUACAGGCCGUCGAGAUUCGAAAUCGCGCCCUAAAGAACAUGAAAAGUGAUAUUUCGGUCUUUGAUAUUCUUAGUGCUAUGCCGUUGGCUGGUGUAGCGGCCAAGAUUGCAGCCAAUAGUCAAUUGUUCAAAGCCAUUGUAGACGAGUCAGUAUACGGAGUAUAA